AUGAUUUUAUCGCAAGAGUCACCGUCACGUCUCUCGCAAGUUACACAGUCAAACCUCAAAAUUUCGUCCAUAACCAAAUCAUCUGCAACAAGAACGAAAGAAAACCUCUCUCCAAAAGUUAUCUCUGUUGAUUUCGUCUCCGAAAUAAUAUUCCUCGAAUCCUAUAAUAAAAAAUCUGUGAAGGAGUCAGAAUCUUCACAUGUGUCGCCGCCUAGUUUGGCGGAGGUAGAGGAAGUGAUGGGAUACAGUUUUAGAAACAAGGAGUUACUGAAGGAGGCUUUCACUCAUGGUUCUUACAAAGCUGAUGACUGCAAAUCUUACGAGCGACUCGAGUACUUAGGUGAGGCAGUUUUGAAUCAUUUAAUUGCUAAGCUACAUUAUUUAUCGUAUCCUGAUAUGGCUCCUGGUGAGUUGACUCGGUUACGUGCCGCCAAUGUUGACACGGAGGCGCUAGCAAGGGCGGCAUUGAAAUACAAUUUGCAUAAGUUUCUUCGCCACCAGAAACCUCUUCUUCAACGACAGAUCCAAGAAUUCAUGGAAGGGAUCGAACAAUACCCAUCGCAUUCACAUGGUAUGAUUGAUCCACCCAAAGUGCUUGCUGAUCUUUUGGAGUCACUAAUCGGUGCCAUCUUCAUCGAUACAGACUCGUCAAUGGAUUCUACAUGGGAGGCAAUUAAUUACUUGCAGUUGCAUCCAUCAAAAUUUCUUGAGAAUGAGUUGAUUGGAAGGGGAAAAUACAAGUUGAAGAAGGUGAUUGCAGUGAACAGAGCAAAAGAUGAUGCAUACAAUAAUCUUUUUCUUUUUGAGAAGAAAGAUGGUGGAAAUGGAGGUUAA